UAUAGUCACUUCCGUUCAGUGACCACGUGUGGACUGUGUUUAGAUUUCAUGUUGGAAUCAUGUCGGACGAAAAUCCGGGUAUCGAACUCUCUAAAGAACAGGUUUGUAAAGCAGUUGAGGCGUUACGUGCUCUAAUCAAACAAAAAGAGAAUGUGAAAAACCUGCUUGAUGAGAGUGAAAAAGUAAACCUACAGUUUUGUUUCAAGAAAAUACCCAAUACCAAGAAUGCUACAAUAAAAAUAAAACUGCCCAAUCCCCUGACUCAAGCGACUACCGAUGUCUGCCUGUUUGCCAAGGACCUCAACAAAGCAAGCCGUGAUUAUGAGCCCACUGUCAGACACUUCAAAGAGUUACUCAAUAAACAUGGCGUCAAAUGUGUUACAGAGGUCAUUCCGCUAAAGUCACUCAAGUUGGAGUACAAACCGUUUGAAGCUAAACGGAAUCUUUCCAACAUGUAUGAUCUGUAUUUAGCAGAUGAGAGAAUUGUUAGACUGCUACCAUCCUUUCUCGGAAAAAACUUUUAUGGCAGAAAAAGAAACCCUAUACCAGUGAACCUGCAGGCAAAAGAUCUCAAGAAGGAAAUCAGUGAGGCAGUGGAUAACUCAAGAUGUUACAUCACUGGCAAGGGGUCGUCAUGUAUGGUUACAAUUGCGCACACAGGCAUGACAACUGAUGAAAUAGUUGAAAACAUCCUCGCUUCAGUCAACCAGCUGUCUGUCGGAAUUCCAGGAGGUCCUGACAACAUUAAGUUGUUUGUUAUCAAAACCAUUGCAUCAGCCAGUGUACCGCUGUAUGCUUCUGUUGGGUCUCCAGCUGAUAUUCAGGUGUCUAAAGUGAGGCCUUCCAAAGUCAAACACUCUAGUGAACCACAAGAAAUUACAACUUUGUUUGGUGCGAAGGUCAAAGUGACAUCACAUGGGAAAGUUUUUAUAAUCAAGGACGGAUCUUCAGUACAAACUAAGGGUGAAAGAAGCCAUUUCAGAGAGAAAACAUUUCAAAGAGCCAUGAUAAAAUCGGGAAGCGGAAAUAAAAAGAAAACAGAACAUAACAAAUUCCACAGACCUCUGAUGAAUUCAGGAAAAGAGAAAAAAACACAAAAACAAUUGUUCAAAAAAGGAAAAAAAGAAACCAAAACAAAAUUGGCAAAAUCUACAGUAAAAACCCCCAAAAUGUCUUCAGCAUCCAGUAAAGUUACUGUAGUAAAAACUAGCUCCACGAAACCUGCAACAAAGAAACGUCGCCUGGAGAAAUUGUAGAAGUCUUAAAAUCUUAACAGCAUUAACACUUCUGUAUUUCCAGUUCUUACAGAUCUGUUUCAGCACAAACAAGUUUUCUUCCUGGACAAUAGUUGCUCGAUUUCAAAUUCAGACAAGUACAUCAUUAAAACUGCUGAACAACAGUUGCUGUGGUUCAUACAAGUCUUUCCAUUAAUAAAAUAUAUUUUAUCCUUCUAGUUUAUAAAAAUCUGUCGGUCAAUAAAAAAAAAAAAAAUUGAUAAUUAAUGGUAGUUGCUCGUUUCUAGUUUGUCAAUAAAACAAUGUUUUAUCCA